GCCAACUUAUCUUGGUCUUACUUUAAGAUAUUAAGUACGAGUUUUAAGGUUAUUCCAGUAGGUAUUUGAGGAGUUAGAAUAAUAACUAUUAUUGUUUAUUUUUUACUGAUUACUCCAUGCCUUCGGGAUAUUUAAAAUAAAAUAAAAUGUUUUACAUAACUUCACAGAUCACUAUGUCUCAGUCCACAAGCCGACCGUCUACACCUCACUGCGGUUGCACUGAAGACAAUAAAUCUACGCCACCACUGCUGUCCCCGCACUGCAUGUGUCCCAGAGAUGAGCGGGACAUCGUCAUCCAUGAGGAGCACUGUCUCAUGUACAAACAUGAGACCCUCAUUUAUCCACAUGUAAGUUUUCACCAUCUGACCAGCAAGAAAACACCACACCUUGUCUCAAUUUAGUCGGAUAUCUUUACUCUAUAUGCGGUUGCACUGAAGACAAUAAAUCUACGCCACCUCUGCUGUCCCCGCACUGCGUGUGCCCCAGGGAUGAGUGCAACAUAGUGAUCCAUGAGGAGCACUGUCUCAUGUACAAACAUGAGACCCUCAUUUAUCCACAUGAGCCCGAGGGAUGCGAGUGCGUGACGCCGCAGUUCGAGGACGGCUUGUGCAAGUGCUGCAGCUGCCCUCCGGAGCAAUGCCACUGCAGGAAGGCGGGCAGAGAGGCGGUGGAUGAAUGGCGCAGGAACCGCGAUGUGGGCGCCAUGCCAGCUGUGCUGGAGUCCACGCACCCCCUCAUGCAGAAGUUCCAGGCCUCGCUCAAGCAGUUCCUCGAGAAGGAGAACGCCAUCGCGGCCGAGGAGAUACUAGAGCUGAAAGAUAAGCUCCGCCUGAGCAAGUUGGCGUAUGACAACGACUUGGAGAACAUCUACAGAAGUGACCACGACACUAAUGCUCAAAGGGCCCUGAUAGAAGAGUACGAGGCUACUCUCGCCAAGAACACGGAGCUUCGGAUCGCAGCCGAGAAGCGUGCGCAGGAGUCCGCCGAGAACUACAAGCAAGCUAAGGAGAAGCUGGAACAGAACAUGAUCGCAGAACGUGAAGCGAUCGAAGAAAUGGAGGCGCUAACAUCGCUCUGCCAACAGCUGGAAGCGUGGCGUGAGGAGACAGAGUCAGAACUCACAGUCAACCUACGUGUGUCUGACAAGAUGAAAGCUGAAAAGAAAGCGAUGGCCGACGAGAAGAGACAGCUGGAUAUGGUGAUCUACGGGCUAAGCAACGAGGUGUGGAAGCUGGAGUCCAAGCUGGAUAUGUUCAAAAAGCAAUUCGAGAUCAAGAACAACGAGAUGGAGAAGGUUAACGAUAGGGUGACUGCAUACUCGACGGAGCUGGAAGACCUGGAACUAGACAAAAGGCGUCUAGUGAGCCUCUGGAACUCCGUGCUCGUCAACAUCUCGCAGCGGGACAAGGUGUUCGACUCUGUGCGGGAUGAUUACAACACCCUGAGGGAGAAUUACCGGACACUCGUGAACAAUCUUGAAAUCACGAAGAAAGCCGCGAUGGAGGAGAUGAACAAGAGUGCUGAGCUGGCUAUGAACAAAGACAAGCUGCUGUACGACAUCGGCGCUGCUAACAAGCUGGUGGACGGGGAGGAAGCAAAGCGCCUGGCUUUGGAGACGCAGAUACAAGAACUCACCGAAUCCAUUGAGAUGACCGAAAGGGACCAGGAGCUUAUCAAAAUGGAAAACAAAACAAUGCAAAAUAUCCUGUCGUCUACAGAGAAGGACUACGACCACAAGGCGGAGAUGAGACUUAAACUGGAGACGGAGAUCCUGCAGAACAUACAGGAUUGUUUGCUCAACGACAAGGCCGUAGAAUCCAUGGCCAACGGCAUCAAGAAGAUGAGGGAGAUGGCCAGGAAACAGGAAAUAGGUCUAGUAGGUAUGGAAAACGCCCACGCCAAGGUGAUGCUGGACAUCGAGGUGUACCGCAGCCUGACCGCGCGCAACAAGAAGGUGCUAGAAGAAGUGGAGGAGAAGGUUCGCGAGCGGGAGAGGGAGAUCGAUCAGCUGGAGGAAAAGUAUGACAAAAAGACAAUGGACCUCACAAGAAAACAGAGAGAACUCGACAUUGUCACGAAGAAAUACUUUGUUUUGAAGGAGAUAUUUGACAGUAAAUCCCCUCAAGAGCGUCGUAUAGACGAGCUGGAGACUCAGAUCAAGGCACUGCGCGAGCGCACAGAAGGCAUGCAGCACGAGUGGCUGCGGCUGCAGAGCAACGUGGUGAAGUUGUCCCAGCAGCACCAGAAGGUGGUGGCCGACGUCAACCUCAUCAACAAGCAAAUUCAAAUCUGCGACCAAAAAUGCAUGCGGAUCCAAGCGGACAUCGAGACCGUGGCCUCGGAGCGCGCCAGUGUAGAUCGCUCGCUGCGUGAGCUGCGCGGGAAACUAGACGUGUUGGAGCGAGCGAGGAAGGACGCUGGAGAGAGAGGGGAAGCGUUGAAGAGGGAACACGCUUCGUUGGCUGUCGAAUACCAGGCCAAACUCAAGGAUGCGGAAGCGGAAGUGUUCGACUUGGAGGAGUCCAUAGAAACCAUGGACAAGGAGAAGAUGAACCUCGCGCAGAGCCUCGACCGCAUGCAGAGGGAAGCGCUCAUUUGGCAGCGGAAGGGUAUUAUGGCUGUUGAACUGAAGAAAAACAUGCAAAACGCCAAGUCCGCGGCCGGAGAAAUCGGUCAAAUGAGGAUCGAGAUUCACAGGAUGGAAGUCCGUCGCGAACAGCUUCGCCGCACUGCCGAGAAGCUCUCCGAAGACCUGGCGCUGAUGGUUACCCGUCGAGGGACCGCUAUGGACAAGAGCCGCUCUCAGGCAGCACUAGAAGCUGCCCAUGGUGCCCAUGGGACCACCUCACAGACUCAAUACCAUCAUAAACUGAGGCUGGCGAGAGCUGAUGUGCAACGAGUCACCAAGGAUCUCGCAGAGGCAAAUGCAAAAAUGAAGAGUCUUCAACAAGAACAAGCGAGGUUGGAGAAAGAGACAAAAGAAACCAGCGCUCUCAACGCGCAGCUUGAGGAGCAAGUUGCCGCGUUGCUGCGCGACUGCCGUGAGGCAGAGCGGGACAAGCAGUGGCUCCUGGAGCGAGUGGUACGCGCUCAGCGACUCGGCGCCGAGUUGGGGACGGCAGUUAAAAGACAGUCGCUGCGAGUCAAGAAACCUAAAGCCACCGUACUAACUGAGUAUAAGCAGGCUACUGCGCUUAAUGAACGCAUCAGGUUCAUAGUAGCCAAGCUCGGCCGCGAAUACCCGCACCUAGAAGAGAGGCUGGAGAUCAUCUCCAACACGCUGAACAUCUUCGAGCCGUGCGAUAUGCCUCAACUUUGCGACGAGGCCGGGGACUGUAUCACUAGCGAGCUGGAAUCCAGCGAUGUCGCUGAGAAACCACUGUGCCCUUAACUACUAAUUAUAUGACGUAGGGACCUUUUCAACGCCAAAGACCACAAAAACGGUCAUCGUCUGUCGUGCCCGCGACGCCAAUGACCAUUAAAAAGGCUAUGGCGGACGUUGUCAAAGCAACUUUCCUACUGUCAGUUAAGCUUCAUAUUCGCUCUUCACCAGUAAACUAUUUGGCGUCCAUGGCAUUUCUUGACACGUGUGGAAAAGCGUUGAAAAGGUUAAUAUCACACAAAAUAAGGCAUUUUCGCUUACGUGGAGAUAAGCAGAGAUGAGAUGAGACAUGUGGAAAUCAACCAAUAGUAUUGUUUGUAAUGGAAAAUAGCCAAUGAGUCAUGAAUCAGCAGCCGGCCGUCUCAAUGUUUUCAAUCUAGGCAUUACAACUUGUGAUUUUUUAUGCUCAAUACUUAUGAUACAUUUAAUUUUGAUGUGUAGAAAACGUAGAAUAGUUGAGUUGGACCAAGCUAAGUUGGCAGCAAUUUUGAUGGCAGCGAUUUUGCAAGUGUUAUUUUUAAACGUCAAGCUUCUAUGAAAUGAUUACGUUUAAAUAACACUUGCAGAGGCUUUCAAAAGCGCUGCCAACUUAGCUUGGUCAAACUAUUUGUGCGAGUACUUAGUGUUUUUGAUGUAUUUAAAUAAAUAUUGUGGUAUUUUGGAA